AUAGAUAAGGAUGCCAGACGCAGAAAAGCACAAACAGCACAUAUCGUCGCAAUUACAGUUAUUAUUGUUGUUGUUGUCGUCGAACAGCAGCAGCAGCAGCAAAUGUGUUGAUAAUAUACAUUCUCAGCCUGUCUAAAUGGCCAGAGAAAUGCAAUUGAAAUUGCCAUCGAGCUACCAGCUACACAACGGCAGUUAAUACCAGCAGCAGCAGUAGCGCCUACGCCUCUCAACUACAACAGCAGCAGCAGCAGCAACGAAAGAAAGUUACGUGAACAAAAUCAUCACAAGAACUUCGACACAAAAAAAAACUCAUUGUGUGAAAUGACAGCAAAGACGAACUACAACAAAAUUAACAAGAAGAACAAAAACAGCCAGUUGCAAUGAAUGUGAAGAAACGGCCACGUCUGGAGCUGGCCACAGCUGCAACAACAACAACAACACCAACGCCACUAACAACAACAGCAACAACAACAACAGACGUCGCACUUUAUGGGAACGUUAAUGGAAAUCUGAGCAGCACAACAAAUGGUUUAUUUCUGACCAGCAGCGUUGUGGGUGGCAUGGGAAUGGGAAUGGGAAUGGGAGACGGUGCUCAAAUCUAUUUGACCAUUUGUGGCGACGAUGACAACUCGAAUGAAUCUCAAGAGUUUUAUGCCAUCGAGAGCAUUAAGCAGGAGCCCGAUUUGGAUGCAUUGCAUGCGGCACAUUGCAUGCUGCCCACAAAUCUGCAGCUGCCAACUGGUUGUGAAAUCUAUUUAGUUAAGGACAACACGACUGCGACGGCUGCUGCAACAACAAUAGCCGCAACAACAACAACAACAACAGCUAACAAGAUAAACCACAGCAGCCACAACAAUGAGCACUUGGCGUCCAUCAAACUGGAGCCGGACUCCACGAAUGUGUUGUUCAUGAGUGGCGGUGGCGGUGGCGGUGGCAACAACAACAACAGUAGCAACGGUAAUUUAAUUGUGGCCAAUAAGGAUACGGCUGCAGUAGCGCCAUCUGUCGGCGGCAACUACAAUGUUAAGCUCGAUGCGUACAAGAAACGCGACGAUAAACGUCGUGCCACCCAUAACGAGGUGGAGCGACGUCGCCGCGAUAAAAUCAAUUGCUGGAUCUUUAAGCUGAAGGAGAUGCUGCCAACGGAUGGCAAUCGUUAUAAGCCAACAACGAACAGCAUGGCCGAUAGCUUAGAGACGACGACAACGACGGCAACGGCGACGGCAUCGCCAACUACGACGAGCAGCAGCAGCAGCGUGAAAAGUAAUCCAAAUGCAAAUGGAAGUGCAAAUGGACGCACACCGCCCAACGAUUCGAAAUCGCAAAUACUGAUCAAGGCCUGUGACUAUAUUAAAAGCAUGCAAAACGAAAUCGAUAACUUACGCGACUGUUUGCGAGAGGCGGAGAGUCUGCGUUUGAGCAAUCAGGCAUUGCGCGAUGAGCUGCAGCAUCUGAAGCAACAACAGGAGCUGCAGGAGCGUUUCAAUACCGCUGGCGGUUCAUUCAACGUAACGCUCAAUUCGCUGAAUAGCUCAGCUACUAGUGACCUCUUCGAUGGCAUCGAUACGGCACCAAAUCUAUCAACGGUCUCAUCGAUUAAUUUCACCAAACGCGGCCUCAUCAUCGCUGACUACGAUGAGUGAAGUGCGCGCGUGCGCGCCAUAUUUGAAUUUCAUUCGAAUUCAAAGAAACAAAACUAUCCAACCAUCAUCAAUCAUUACUAUUAUUACUCAACCAAAGAAGAGAACAACAGUAGUCAUUAUAUUAACAUUUAUAUACAUACGUGUACAUACAUAUGUUUGUGUGUAUGUGCCAUAAUCUCAAUAAUAUUAUAGAUGGAUGGAUGGAUGAGGGUGAUGCGGGCGCUGCUUCGGUUGCAGCCGAAGAAAUCUUUAUUGUUAUCGCUGAUAUUUCUUCCGUUUGUGGUAACACACACCUAUUGUUGUCAUCCCCUUCCUUCUUACUUCCCGCAUAUUAGUACAAUACAGUAUAUAUACAUAUACAAUCAUUACACAUAUUUACAUGUUGUCUAUUUAAACAAAACAAAACAUAA